AUGUCGUCCAACGUAUCUGCUGAUCUCAUCUGGGAGGUUGUCCGCAGCCAGAACAAGUACCUCGUCAAGAGGAAGACCAACGGCUCUCCCCAGUUCUCCCGGGAUCCCCUUAACCUCACCAACGUCCACUCCCGAAAGUAUGCCGGUUUCGUGAACGACAAGGCCAUUGGCAUCAACGCCAGCGGCAAGCGUGGCAUUUCUGUCGUCAGCAAGAACGCCGGCAGCAUCAACAAGCCCUCUGCUUCUUACACCUCCACCGUCUUCGGCGACGCCAAGUCCAACCGAAAGGCUUACAAGGCCGUCGCCGGUCUUGCGGCGAAGAGGGGAUACCGUGGCGACCUCCGCGAGGCUGCCGUCCAGCGUGUAAGCGCCAUCCGACGAUCGCAGCUCCCCGAGAAGCCCGAGCCGGAGAAGAAGUUGAGGGGAAAGAAGGCGCAGCAGGCCCAGUCUGCGUAA